AUGUCAGAAAUCAAAGCACCCUUUGGAAUAGUCGAUAUGGGCUCAAACGGUAUCCGUUUCGGUAUCGUGAGCGCCUUGGCACGACACUUGCCUGUAGCAUAUGAAGAAAGAGCACCUAUUGCUCUACUUGAUGCUCAAGGCGAUGAACGAAUCAUACCCGAAGAUGUCAUGGAUCAGGUUAUUACGAGUUUCAAGCGAUUUAAAUCACUCUGUCAAGAUGCAAAUGUCAAACUAGAACAAAUUCAUGUUAUUGCCACAGAAGCUACUCGUGUCGCUGUCAACUCAAAAGAAUUCUUAAACAGGAUAUACGAAACAACUGGCUUGACAGUUUCAUUACUGACUAAGCAGCAGGAAGCAUUGAUCUCAGCCUCGGGCAUUGUCGGAUCAUUUCACCGUGUCAAUGGAUUGACGAUGGACCUUGGAGGCGGUUCGGUUGAAGUGAGCUAUGUGAUGACAAAUACGAUGCCUGAUGAUGCAACAGAUGGAAUAGUUAGUGACAACAUUUGCGUUUCACAGCAUCCUGUCUCACUCCCGUACGGUGCCGCGGCAUUGAAGCGACGACUUGCAAAAUGUGAGUCAAGCAAGGAUGUCAAUAGACUGUUCAAGGAGGUUGUUUUAGAGCUAAAAAAAGCACAUGAUUCAUCCAAACUACCAAAAUCACUGCUCACAAAGGACGGAUAUGAAGUAUACAUGAGCGGUGGUGGCUUUCGAGCUCUUGGUUACCUUUCAAUGGCUGUCAAAGCUCAGGAUACACUCAUGCCGCUUAGAAACACGAACCGUCAACUGAUGUAUCCUAUACCCAUCAUCAAUGGAUACUCCAUGACAGGUCAAGAACUCAAGCGGUUGGCCAAACACUACAGAAAGAAGAACCCACAAGACUUGAUGAAGAGACUUAAAGUAUUUCGUAUUUCAAAGCGACGAGCUGCCAUGAUACCUGCCUCCUGUUUCUUGGUGAGUGCUAUUCUUGAAGUGUUCAAGAUCAAACGAGUCUAUUUCAGCGAAGGUGGUGUCCGUCAGGGUUUCUGCUACCAAUUGCUUCCUCCAGAAGAGAAACAAAAGGACCCGCUUUUGGAAGGGGUCAAGGCUUAUGCAGCCAAAUCCGAAUUUGCACUUUCUCAAACCGAGUUUGACGCCAUUCAUGCCAUCUUAGUAAGUGCGUUGCCCGAGAUCUAUCUAGAUCCACAUCAUCCUCUGCAGCUUCAUCGAUUACUUCCUGCAGCUAUCCAUUUAUCCAAUCUUACCUCUCAUUAUCCCAAAGAAACACGUGCCUUUGUCGCAUUCCAUAUGCCGCUUGCUGGAGGACCGUUGGCCAAUGUACCCGGACUGUUGCAUCACGAACGAGCUACGUUAGCCAUCUUAUUAGCUUUCCGCCAAGGUGGGGCAGUACCUGAUCCUAUCUUUUACGCAAUUCAAGCCAUGGUUGGUCGUAAGGGUGUCUCUGUGUGUAAAUAUAUUGGGCGAUUGAUGGAACUGGUUUUUGCCGUCUCGCCACUUAAUCCUGGUUUAGGAUUAAUGAAAAGCGGGCUGUCUUUUACAACAGUGGUUACUGAUGAUAUUGGAAGUGGUAGUGAGAGUGACAGUAGUACGAGUGGUGGCGAUAGUAGCGAUGAUGAUGAUUAUGAUGAUGAAAGAAGGCUACAGAGCCUUUAUCCCUCUAUGCAGCUGCAGAUCAAUUUACCUGAUCUUGAAUCACCUCUUGUGGAUGCGCCAGCAGUGUUGUCUGUGAUCGAAAGUAUAGACAAAAAAGUAAACAACAAAAAAUAUGAUAUGGAUGAAGAACGUAGACCAUUAAAAUGCCCAAGUUUAUUCUCUGUUGAGGUCGUAAGGAAAUAA